AUGGGGACGGCCAUAGCUACAGUGCUACGAGGCAAUUUCGAGGUAAAAGAAGGUGGAAAGGCAACAAGGCUCUACGUGGCAGUGAGUCAGGAAGUUGCCUUGGCUGAGCUCAUGAACGUGAACACAGUGGUGAUGAACCGCAUCGUGACGAUGUGGCAAUCUGGCACUAUCGAUGCCAAUGUUGCUAUGCAGCUCUUGGGUCAGGGGUUAUCACCCAAUGAGUCGCCCCCGGUGGAUGGGGGUAAGGGGGCCACCCCUGCAGGAGACAAUGGUUUGCCCCAGAAGAGACCAGCUGAUAGCAUCACCCCGUCAGUUGCCCCCGCAGACUUGGAUGAUGUACUUGAACAGGCCAAAAAAGCCAAGAUGGACGCUUUCAUCAAAUACACCGAGAAAACGACGACAAAGAAAGACACGACCACCAACGAUUUGGAAUUUGGGUGGUACUCCAAGGAUGACAUGGUGAAGGGCGACGACAAGAGCGAGCUGCAGAGCGUCACUCUUGAACGACUUGAUCUUCAAGCAGCCCGCAAUGCAGCUGCCACCAGUGCUCCAGUGGUGGAAGCUUCUGAGGCAUGCCGGGCCAAAGAAGUCUUUCGCAAGUUUGUGGAUUCGGUUCUUCAAAAAAGUGCCCGAGUCAGAUCCUUGACGGUGGACUUGAAAAAAAACUACUAUGAAGACGAAACAGCAAUGAAGGCUGUAGAGGCCUUGGAAGGCAACUUGAAGACUCUCGGUCAGGAGUACAAUUCGCUCUCAGAUCACAUGGCAAAGGGUGAGCAAGAGGACUUUUCGCCCGAGUGGUCCGUCCAGUCUGAGAAAGUCAUGAAAGCUUCGACCUUCGUGUGCACCAGAGUGUCCCAGAACGAAGCCAAGGUGUCACUGGCGCAUCUGCAAAGAGAUUUGCAGCGAAUGUUGGCGAGGGCCACCUGCAAGAGCCAGAUUUUGACAGCACAAGCUGUCAAAGACGACGUCGGAGAUGUUGUGGCGACCCAAAAGGGAAUCAAUUUGUGGUCCAGGUGUUCGCUGUCAAAUUCGGAAAGAGAUGUUCACCGGGUUACCAAAAAACAAAAGACUACGUUAGAUGUUCCAAUCAGUCACGUGACAAUAGAGGAUGUCAAAGUCCCAUGGAUUUCACCACGUGACUGGUUGAUCUGGAUCAUUAGAAAAGGAUUGUGGCCCCGAUUGGCAGGUGCCCCCCUCCACCAGCAUGCAGUGGCUGGUGAAAUUUGGUCCAACUUUUGGACUGAAUACGAAAAAAUUUGUCCAGACUUUGAGUUGUUCAGCCUGCCAGACAUCGACCGUUCCAAGACCGCUGCAUUUAUGAUCCAUGGUGACGAAGGCAGGACACUGAAGCGCCACGGGCUCAUGGUUACAAGCAUACAGUCAUGCUUGGGGCUUGGGUUUGAUACCAAGCACCUUCGUCGACGGGAUGAUGGAAGGUGGCACAUGAAAGUCAACUAUAAGGGUCAUUCCUUCACCCAUCGCUUUGUGACUUCAACUAUGCCAAAAACUGUGUAUGAGAGCAACCCGGCUUUCUUCCACAAGAUGAUGGAUAAGUUGGCAUUGUCAUUGAGAAGCCUUUUGUUGGAGGGUGUUGUGGAUCCGUUGACUGGUGACACACUUAGGGUAGCAAUCAUAGCAGUGAAGGGCGAUGCCCCAUACUUGGCAAAAAUGGGCAAGUUUUACCGCAGCUACAACACCACCGUGAAGAGAGGAUCUGCGCAAAGUGUCCCUAAGGGGGUCUGCCACCGAUGCUUAGCAGGAACACCAGGCUUCCCUGCAGAGGAGAUUGCAACAAAUCUACCAAAGUGGUUGCAGACUCAAGGGAUCCGUGUGCCAUGGUUGUCUACACCAAGUGUAAUCCAACAUCUGGUCCACAGCAGAGCUGACCCUUCUACGUUUUUUCAAACUGACAUUUGGCAUGUGGUUCAUCUUGGGUUUGGUCGAUCCUGGGUAGCAUCUGUGGUACACUUGCUGCUACAUGUCAUCAAUCAACCCAAUCUGGAUGCAAAAUGGUCUUUUUUGACAGAAGAUUACCGAACUUGGUGCAGGAGAAACAAAAAGCAAAUGCACAUCAGUGCCAUCACUCCAUAUCUCAUGAGCUAUGGAGACAAAACGGGAACCAUGGGCCAAUUUCACAAAGGCGCACUUACAACAAAUUUGAUGCUAUGGCUUGCGGAAAUCAUUGGCAAAUUGCCAUGUGACACCAGAAGAUUGUUGCCAGAAUGCCAGGAGGCGACAUGUUGCAUGAACAAUUUGUUUGAAUGCUUGUUCAGAGCGGACGCUUUUUUGAGCAAAGAAGAGUGCAUUUAUGUAUCUGCAAAAGGCCUUCGGUUUCUUCAAGUUUAUUCAAAGAUGGCGAGAGCACAAUUCCAGGAAGGUUGUCCUUGGAAUUUUCCUUUGUACCCUAAGCUUCAUGCUUACCAUGAGACAAUCCUUCAGGUUCAACAUGAUGGACAACGUGUUGGUAUGGCAAUCAAUCCUUUAAUGUUCUCGUGCCAGGUCGACGAGGACACAGUGGGAAGAACUUCGCGCUUAAGUCGCCGCGUAAAUAUACGCUUGGUGAUGACGAGAACGCUGCAACGGUACUUAAUUUCAGCUCAUAGUGCUUUUGUUCGUGCGGGCCUCUUGUUGUGA